GUCUGGUCUCCGUACCUGCCUCUCAGCCUGCAGUCUGACAUUUGGCUUUAAACGGCAUUUUGAACAUCUCUCACAAUAAAGAACGAAACUCAUUCAGGGAUGGUUUGGGUGCACCUUCAGACUUUGAAGUGACAGUCUUUCAUCAAAGGUUCUCACAAUGGAUGAGUCAACAGAGGUUCGAACAGAUGGCAAUUCCCUGUUGAAGGCUGUAUAUUUAUGUCGGCUACGUCUGACUCGGCUGCUUCUGGAAGGAGGAGCCUACAUUAAUGAGAGUAAUGAGCAUGGUGAGACACCACUCAUGGUAGCCUGCAAGACACGCUAUACAGAUUCACAGAGUGUACCCCAGCACAAGAUGGUUCGGUAUCUUCUUGAAAAUGGUGCCGAUCCAAACAUCCAAGACAAGACUGGGAAAACGGCUCUAAUGCAUGCAUGUCUUCAACAAAUGGGGGCUGAAAUUCUGUCACUUCUUCUUAGCAGCGGAGCUGAUCCAACCCUGGAGGAUCAUGCAGGUUUAUCUGCAUUAGUUUAUGCAGUUAAUUCUGGUAACAGGGACAUUCUCAGUGUACUCUUAGAUGCCUGUAAAGCCAAGGGUAAGGAAGUUAUCAUCAUCACCACCAACAAACUGCCCUCUGGCCAUCAGGUGACAAAGCAGUACCUUAAUGUUCCUCCAUCUCCUGAACUUGAAGAGAAUCUGCAUUACAUACCAGCAUCUUGCUGCAUGUCGCCAUAUGAGGUCCAGCUACGAACUCCUCCUCAGGGGUCUUCAGCAACAACCUCUCCUCAACCUGGCAGCCCCCUUCGUGGCCUCAAGGAUCCCCAGUGUUUAAGCUUAGGGCAUGGCCUGAUCAGAUUUCAACCAUGUUCACCAAUCCAACAUCUAAGUCCUCUACGCGUUCCCGAUGUGGAUAAGCGACCUAACUUCCAUCAGCUACACUCAGAAGCCUGGUCCAAAAGUCCUUCCCUGUUACUCCAGCAGAGUCAGACAUCCUCUCUGACUGAGGAACCAGUGGAAAUUACUCCUGAGGAGGUGCUGUCUUUCAGAGUCAAAGGACAUCCUCCUGCUAUUUCACGGCACCAGAGCAUUGAUGUCAAAGAUGCAAAAGGACUUGUGAAAGCAUUAGAGAUCUUAUCGGGAAAUGACAACAGGGGAGGUGGUGGAAGAAAAGGCUUUGGCAGAAAGAUGUCAUAUGACAGUGCUGCAAGUUCAUUAUAUUCUGUUUCACACCCAAAUUUGCUUCAAGACAGUCUUGCCUUUUCCCAUGAAUCCAGACCUGCAGAUGAAGACUGUCUUACACAGCUGAAUGUUUCCAGUCUGCAAAAUGUGGUGCGUCGGCGGAACAUCGGUAUUGGCCACUACAGUUCUGACUCUCAGUUGCAGCAACUCAGCAGCAGAGACAGAACCUCAAAGAGCAGUGGUGGUGCUGGAUCAGCAGUGGAAAGACACAAGCUGGUCACCAGCAGAGCCUCCAAUCUGUCAGGAUCCAGGGAGUCCUUGGAGAGCUUGGUCCAGAGGCGAGCCACUAUAGGGCUGGAGCGAAGAGGCUCAGGAGCUCUUCUUCUGGAUCACAUUGCCCACACACGCCCCGGAUACCUGCCUCGUUUGAAUCCUCACAUUCCCAUACCAGAUAUUGGGGUUAGCUCUAACUCUUCUUGCCCUUUGAGUGGAAGUACCAAGACACUGAACAGUGUUCUUAUAGGCUCAAAACCUGUAUUGCCCUGUGCACCUGUUUUCCCCAAGGAUCUGAAAGCUAAGAAAAUGUUGUGGAGGCGUCACUCAAUGCAGAGUGACCAAAUAAAACAACUUGCCAACUUUGAGAAAACUUUUGGGCACUAGAAAAAAAAAAUCUCUCAGGAGAAAAUGCAUGUGCAAUAGAUGUAUUAUAGCUAUAACCCCAUCUCUAAUGCCAAUUCAUAUGUGCUUUAAAAGUAAUUAUAGAUUAGAUGUGCUCACCUGUGUCAGUGUGUUGUUUUAGAGUAACAUUUCAAUUAUCACCAGGGCAGUUUGGAAAUGAUAAUUAUAAAUACUUGAAACAUGAAACAUUGCAUUCCAAAUACCUUGAAAACAAAUGUAUUUAAACUUGUAAACAGUUGUAAACAGAACAGCCCUCUUCAUUAAUACUUGGGCCAUCCAAUCAUAUCAAUUAAUGCUGUAUGUUUAUUGGUGAGUCUGUUCUGAGAAAAGUGACUAGUGUUAGAUUAGAUUAGGUUAGAUUAGAUUAGAUUAGAUUAGAUGAAACUUUAUUAAUCCCUCGGGUGGGUUCCACCGGGAAAUUCCGUUUCCAGGAGCACAGCACCAACAGAAGUUGCAUGUUACAGAUACAAUAAAGGGGAAUGAGGGUAAGGAUAUGGGCAUAAAUAUACCAUAUAUACACAUAUACACAUAUAUAAAUACAGAAUAUAUAAUAGGGAUAAAUAGGAAUACCAGUGGAUUCCACAAUUGAGUGAGUCUAUUGCACACUGAUUAUUGCACAGUCGGAUGUAAGAAAAAAAAUUGCAAAUAUUGCACAAUGAAAAAAGCACUACAGCUCAGUUGUUCCCCCCUCCUUUGUCCCCCUGUCUCCCUUCCCUCUCUCCUCCAACGAGGAGUUAAACAGUCUGAUGGCGUGUGGGACAAAGGAGUUUUUAAGUCUGCUGGUUCUUGACUUUGGGAGAAGCAACCUGUCGCUGAAUAGGCUCCGCUGAUUAUUUACGACCGUGCGCAGAGGAUGCCCAGCAUUGUCCAUAAUGUCCAGCAGUUUCUUUAAUGUCCUUUUCUGUGCCACUGUCACCAGAGUGUUCAACUUCAUGCCGACCACAGAGCCAGCCUUCCUGAUUAGUUUUUCCAGCCUGGAUGAGUCCUUCUUUGCUGUGCUGCUCCCCCAACACACCACAGCAUAGAACAGUACCCCGGCAACCACCGACUGGUAAAACAUCCUAAGGAGCUAGUGUUGGUUGUGUCUGUGAAGGUUCUCAGUCAUCUAG